AUGCUACCGACUGUGUAUGAAAACGAAGACAGCUUCCAAGACCCAGAUGAACAACUUUGGAUCGAGCAGUACUACAAUUCCUCGCACGAAUCUGACGACGAAUUCUGCUCCGAAUUCGAUUUCUCCGGAAUCGGCUACAACGCUUUUCGACUACCAGAUAGCGCAGAAUCGCACCAUUAUGGCCAAGAAACCAUCGACGAACAGUCUGAACUGGUAUUACCGACGCAUGACAACAGGGAGGACAACAGCCGCACGGCGAUACUCAACCACGGCCAACCAGAUGAACGAAUAUACACAGUAGCUGAAUACAAUGACAUAUUAGUGCAGAUAAUGAAUCCGAUACUCACUGAUAUCUUGGCCGACCAAAACAAGACAAUCCUCUACCACAAGUUAUCCGAUAGUGCUAAUUUCCAAGCCUACAUCGAUCACGCACGGAAUCUACAGAAUGUACGACUCAAAGAGGCUUCGCCUGACGAGAAACUCGCCUUCUUUAUUAAUGUGUACAAUAUGAUGACGAUACACAUGAUAUACUUGCAAGGCCCGCCACGAACCAUUUGGGACAGAAGAAAGCUAACAAACUGCACCUACUACCAGAUAGAUGACCACAAAUAUGCACCACAUUCGAUCCUGGAUGGAAUUCUGCGUUCAAACCGUAAAGGACUCGAAAUGUUGUGGAAACCAUUCGGAAAGAAAGACGCCAGACUACCAAACGUUCGAAAAGAACUACGCGAUAUCGCAUCAGACGCUCUCGAAUCGGAAAGCAACAUGAGGGUGGACACGAGUAGGAGGAUCCUGUACUUCAGCAAGCUAUUUCAGUGGUAUGCAAUGGAUUUUGGCUGCACAAUAAACAAGAUAAUCGAAUGGAUACUGUGGGUAAUGGAAGAAUCUGACUCACAAAAGAAGAAGAACCUCGAAAUGCUCUACCGCAGUGCACACUAUGAGGUGGAAUAUAUACCAUACGAUUGGUCGUUCAACGGAAAAAUGAAGGAAUAA